AUGGACAAAUCCGUGCUGGACUUGGAGGAGAUUCUCGGGCCUCGCGAUGAACAACUUCUACAGACGCUCUCCACUCAUGAGCCUGCGAUACUGGACGAAGUAACAAACUACCACCUUAGUCGAGUAGGGUGCACCACAACGGACACAGCAGCAACACGCCUGCUGUCGGUGGCUGUCCAAGUUGCGUUUGAAAAAGCAAUUGAUGAAGCUAAAUUGCUGCUUGCAACGUCGCGAGGCGAUAUACCAACUGGCAGCCGUCGGACAGAUAGAGGCAGUGGUCCCCAGUGUCGCACGACUUCUCGCACAUCCGGUCCGACUGAGGAGCCUCCAACCACAGCUGCGGCGUCGACCUCCGGAAACGGCGAGGUAAGAGAGCUGGACGUUGAAUCUCUGUGCAAGGCGCUGCAAAGAAACGGCACAUUGCCAGUGGGGCCCACGUUCGACUUGCUAUUGCAGCCCCUAGGACAAGAGAGCGGAAAUAUCAAUUCAUGA